AUGGAGUUACAGGCAUUUCUCCAACUGUUGGCGGUUGCAUCUAUUUUACAUGCAACUGUCACUCCGACUGCAGCUGAAGACAAAAAACUGAUUUUGGAUGCAAAUAACAACACCGUUGUACACAAUAUCCCCAUCAAUCCAAUCGUCAUCCAGACUCAACUAGAAAAUUAUGACCCACCCACCUUAAAGGAAUACCAAGAGUGCCACGAAAAUAGUGAAAAAUGCAAACAGGUUUGUCAAGGUGUUGAAGAUGUUGCUACGUGCCUGCAGAGAUGUCCAAUUUGUCCGGAAUUGAUAAAAGGGGAACAACUGGUGCAGGGUGUGAACGAUACGCAAUUGACACCGCCCAGACCAAUUAAUACCACGAACGUUAUUCGGCUGACUAAUCAAAUACACAAUAUAAUCGAGAAUAAAGGUGGUAAUAUAACGUACAACAACGAUAAUGCUGUACAUUUGAACCAGAGCGUGACGUUUUCGAGAGUGGGGGGACAAUUCGGCUUGGGCUAUAAUAAUACGGAUCCGUGCUGCAUAGUUUUGCGGCCGACAAGAAAUUGCAAUCUGAACAAGUUUUCGACUGCCUCCCGUUGUCAUCGUAGGCGCCAUCGAGUCUGCGGGAAGCAGUGUAAAAGUCGUGUAAUGGAAGCCAAAAGGGUAAGAGUGUGCGAUCCCAGUCCAUAUUAUGAGGAUUCACUUGAUUAUGACAACGCCGGAAGCUGUCACGAAACGGUUAAAUAUGUUCCAUACCACCCCAAAAGAUCAUCCCGGCGACCUGACGCCGGCAGGUGCUCCUAUAUUCCUGUAUGGCCGUUUGUGUCCUGUGCCCCUCAACAACACGGUCAUCUUUUAAACUGCGACUACUGUCUCCGUCUACCGUAUGCCUAUAUUUUGAAAAACGGUAUUCCGUUGCAGUGCAGCUAUUGCUUCAGCAAUUAUGGUGGAUGGUCGAAUGGAGCCGAUUUGUCACAACAAUUUUACAAUUGGCAGCCGCCCAUGUCAUCUCCUACAGGUGGCAAUCCCACGUUUGAACACAGCUUUGAAUUUGAUGUUUCCGACGGAUGGAAGGAAGACAUGACAAAAUGUAUAUUAUCGGAUGGUACCAUUGGUACCGGUAGUGAUUGUUAUAAUGCCGAUGACAUUGGAGACGAACAGUCCAGCAUUGAUGGACCCGAAAACCUCGAAGAUAAUUAUUCCGACUAUGACUACUUGUCCGGUGGGCCAGUUGUUCGUAGGCGUCGACAAACGUUUUUACGUUCCAAAUACAGCCGUAGAUAUCAAGACUGA